CGCUCUUGAACACACCCCCCGCAGCUCCAUUUGUCGAAAGGCAUUGUGGGAUUGGAUGCCGGUGCAAAGCUUCUCGAAGGAACUGCAAAGAUGAUGCCCACACCGGUUAUCCUGCUGAAGGAGGGGACAGACACGUCUCAGGGCAUCCCCCAGCUCAUCAGCAACAUCAAUGCCUGCCAGGUGAUUGCUGAGGCUGUGCGGACCACCCUGGGGCCCAGAGGGAUGGACAAACUCAUGGUGGACAGCAGAGGUAAGGCCACAAUUUCAAACGAUGGAGCGACAAUCCUGAAGCUCCUGGAUGUGGUUCACCCUGCCGCCAAGACCCUGGUGGACAUUGCUCGCUCCCAGGAUGCCGAGGUUGGAGAUGGCACCACCUCCGUCACUCUCCUGGCAGCCGAGUUCCUGAAGCAGCUGAAGCCGUAUGUGGAGGAGGGCCUGCACCCGCAGACCAUCAUCAGAGCUUUCCGCAUCGCCACUGGCCUCGCCGUCAAGAAGAUCAAGGAGAUCUCAGUCACAGUCAAGAAGGACAACAAACAAGAGCAGAGGCAGCUUUUGGAGAAGUGUGCGGCCACGGCCCUGAAUUCCAAACUGAUCGCUGGCCAGAAGGACUUCUUCUCCAAAAUGGUGGUGGAUGCUGUCAUGUCUCUGGACGAGCUGCUGCCUCUGAAAAUGAUCGGCAUCAAGAAGGUCCAGGGAGGAGCUCUGGAGGAUUCCCAGUUGGUGGCUGGGGUUGCGUUCAAGAAGACCUUCUCCUAUGCUGGGUUUGAGAUGCAGCCCAAACGCUAUGAGAACCCAAAAAUCGCCUUGCUCAACGUGGAGCUGGAGCUGAAGGCAGAGAAGGACAAUGCAGAGGUGCGCGUGAGCUCUGUUGAGGACUACCAGGCCGUGGUCGAUGCUGAGUGGAACAUCUUGUACGACAAACUGGAGAAGAUCUACCAGUCAGGAGCCAAGGUGGUUCUGUCUAAGUUGCCCAUCGGUGACGUGGCAACCCAGUACUUUGCCGACAGAGACUUGUUCUGUGCUGGCAGGGUGCAGGAGGAGGAUCUCAAGAGGACCAUGAUGGCCUGCGGUGGCUCCAUCCAGACCUCUGUAGGAAACAUGACAGACAAUGUCCUGGGACACUGUGAACUCUUCGAGGAGGUCCAGGUCGGAGGAGAGAGGUAUAACUUUUUUAAGGGCUGCCCCAAGGCGAAGACUUGCACCAUCAUCUUGAGGGGUGGAGCAGAACAGUUCAUGGAGGAGACAGAGCGUUCGCUGCAUGAUGCCAUCAUGAUUGUACGCAGGGCCAUUAAGAAUGACUCCAUCGUGGCAGGCGGAGGAGCCAUAGAGAUGGAGCUGUCCAAGUACCUGAGGGAUUAUUCCAGGACCAUCCCUGGGAAACAGCAGCUGCUGAUCGGAGCGUACGCCAAGGCCCUGGAGAUCAUUCCCAGACAGCUGUGUGACAACGCAGGCUUCGACGCCACCAACAUUCUGAACAAGCUUCGUGCCAAGCACGCACAGGGCGGCAUGUGGUACGGCGUGGACAUCAACAACGAAGACAUCGCAGACAACUUUGCUGCCUGUGUGUGGGAGCCGUCCAUCGUUCGGAUCAACGCCUUGACAGCAGCAUCAGAGGCAGCUUGCCUCAUCCUGUCAGUCGAUGAGACGAUCAAGAACCCCCGCAGCUCUGUGGAUGGACCUCCAGGGGGCGCUGGCAGGGGCCGGGGCCGUGGGCGACCUCAUGCUCACUAGACAGAGUAGGGACUCAAGCCUCAUUUUAAAACUGGCAUUAAAUCCCCGUGCAGAUUUAAGAUUGUGUAGCAUCCCAAGUCAUAUUUUCAACAAAGAUGUAAACACAUGCAGAAACGUGUUGUAAUUUGAUUUUUCCUAAACUAUUUUCCGAAGGUGGUCAGACAGAACAAGUUGUGACCUUUUUGUAUGUAAACCUGUGUGGAAAUAUGACUUGGCACUAUGGCUGCAUGUUUUUUUCUUUUACCUGCACAGGGAUUUGAUACAGUGCAUGAAUUGGCCUGAUGAAAGCAGUUGUUGGGAAACACACAUUGCAGAUAGCAGAUGGAAACACAGGCACACAAAUAAAAAGGAGGACAGGAGGAGAUCACUGUGCAGUUUCAAGAAAGGUUCUUUGGACUUUGGCAAAGAUAGUUGACAUUUCUUUGUUUCACUGUUUUCUUUUCCUUGUCUCUGAUUUGUAGUGUUUUGUUACUGAGGCGUUGGCAUCCCUGUAACCACCCUGUCAUUUUAGUUUCUUCGUGUCUGUUGCAGAUUGAUUCUGUGACUGUAUUGUCAAGCACUGCAUCUUUACAGCUGUAACGGAGAAAGAGAGAAAGCCCCCUUUGUUUUGAAGCACACACACUCCUGUGCCCUUACCCUUCUGACCUGUGGGAGCCAUUCUCUAAUUCGUAACUUGAGGGAAAGCAAAGCACUGAUAGGUCGAGCAGUUCUGAACCAUUUCUUAUUGGUUACGCUGUGGGAAACUAUUUAUUGGACCAUUCUCAUCAAUAAAUUCACAGCUGAAACAA